GUCGAAGCAGCAAGCUAAAACCUGAUGCCAUACCCACAAAGUUUAGCCAUAAAGCUUCAAGGGAUGGUAUUGGUAGUCAAAGGCAAAGCAUUGCCUUUGCAAAAAGGAGAAAUUUGGAGGCAAUAAGAGACGAUGAUGCCUGCACACAUGAUGUAGAUCAACCCACUACAGACUUUCAAGAUCAGCAGUCGGCGUCAGAAAACUCUGGUGUCAGUGGUGAGAACACACUCGGAGACCUGCCUACAUGUAGUGCGAACAUUGGUGACACAUCGGAUGACUUUCCUGCUGUGCACAGCAAAAGUGUGCAAGCAUCACCACUUGUGAAACCGGUUCACACACAGACAACAUUCGUGAUGAAGACUGCUCGGACGCAGACGCAGCCAAAACUAUGCGAUCGUGGUUGCCAAAGUAAUGUAGAGACACGGAGCAUCGGCACAAGCUGCUAUCUACUCCGUAGCCCAGAGUCCGGCUCAGAUACAGACAGUGACAUGGAAAUAGAUGAUGCUAAAGAUCCUGAAUGGACUCCACAGCCAGAACUCGAUGUUCCAGCUGGAGGUUCCAGAGACAGAGCGCAGUCAUUCCAUUCGAUGAUGAAAGUGAUGACAGCAUGGAGGAAGAUAUGUCUAGCGUAUCUACAGGUGAUCUGCUUGAGCGAAAGUUCAUAGUUUUUGAGUCUUGCCUGGCUGCUUUAUUUCUGCUCGCACAGUGUGCUGCUCGCCCUGUCGUGUUUUGAUCAAGAAGAUCAUGGGAAGCCUGCUAGUGGUGCAGCAGAUAUGUGAGAAUGGACACUCCAGGAUUUGGUCAAGUCAGCCAAUGAAUGAAAAGCUACCAGUGGGCAACCUGGCCUUAGCUGCUGGCAUCCUAUUCAGCAGAGCCAGCCCUGGGAAAGUGAUCAAUCUGUUAAGACAUGUCAACUUGGUGGGAAUCUCAUUUCGGACAUACACCUUGAUACAAACAACAUACCUGAAUCCUUCAGUUGCUAGAGUAUGGAAGAUCAAACAAGCCUCAUGAAGAUCAACAAUGCCACUUUAAUAAAUGAUUGUGCUAUCUGUUACCUGUUGCUACAAUUACAUGUACUCCUUAGCUAUCUGUUACAUGUUGCUAAACAAAUGACAAGAUUUUGAAAAUUUCUAAUUUGAUGACAUGACAUAAUUAUGGGUUCUUGCUAAUUUUCUGAACAGGGGGUAAUUUUAUGUGAUUAGGAGGUAACCAUAAUUAGAAAGGUAAAAAUGCUGUUUUACAAGGACUUAUUCGCCCUAAACUUUAAAACUACAUGGUUUAUAGCCGGUAACAACUCUAAUUACAGCAAGUAAAAAUAACCGGUUACCGGCUUUUAACAAGAACCGUGCAUAAUUCCUAAUUAGGCUAGUCCCUGUGUCAGUAAAUUGGCAUUAUCCGGCUGUUGUACUAAACUACAACUGCAAUCUAAGCCCUGGUCUUAUUUAGCUAAAU